UCCUGACUUCGGGCAAGGGCGCCUUCCUGGGUUCACGCCGCUACGUUCUGGUCGGAGCUGGAACACGCCCAGCCCUUUGUGCUGCUGUAGUCCGAGGCGACGGCUCGGAAGACGAGCGCUGGGGACGGCGGGGCUGCCGAGCUCCCGAGUAGGGCUGUCGAGCGCGGGCUCCGGGACCAGGAAAGAACAAUCAGAGAUUUCUAGAAGUGGGCACCAACAUAUUGUGGCUAGAAGCAGUCUGGAAUACAAGUCAAACUCCUAGGACCAGCCUGGCAUUAUCAAACAAUGGCAGCUAAGAAACAGUCUAAGUCUGCCCAGCCAUUCAAGACAUCAGUCAGUUAUGAGGACGUGGCAGUGACUUUCACCCAGGAAGAAUGGGAAUAUUUGACUUCUACACAGAAGACCCUUUACCAGAAAGUGAUGUCAGAAACCUUCAAGAACCUGACAUUCGUGGAAAGCAAGAAGAAAUCUCAAGAACCUAGCCCAGAUCUGGAAGAUAAGGAUGAUGAUGAUAAGACUUCCAGUUCCAGUUGCACUGGCGUAUUCAAAGGUGGACCAUUGUUUUUCUGUCUGACCUGCGGCAAAUGUUUCAAAAAGAACAGCUUCCUCUUUAAUCACCAAUUUCCUUUGAGGUCCAGGAGGCUAGCAGUCACAAAGCCACAAAGCCGCAAAGCCCAUGGCCGCAAGCCCCAGCAUCAUGGAGACAGACCUUUCUUUUGCAAUCUCUGCGGCAAGACUUACCGUGAUGCUUCCGGACUGAGCCGUCACCGACGUGCUCAUUUAGGUUAUAGGCCCCGUUCGUGCCCUGAGUGUGGAAAGUGCUUCCGGGAUCAGUCUGAAGUCAACCGCCACCUGAAGGUGCACCAAAAUAAGCCAGUGGCUAGCCACCUGAAGGUGCACCAAAACAAGCCAGUGGCUAGCAACCAGAAGCGGAAGGGUAAGGCUCCACCUACAACACCUGCAUCCCAAGCGCCCGCCCUCAAGUAUGUGAAAGUGAUCCAGGGACCAGUAGCCAGGGCUAAGGCACGGAACAGCGGAACCUCGUCCCUGAAUGUCCGAUCCAACUCUAUUGCAAUGAUCCGCUCAAGAGAAAAGAUCUCUUGCCCCUAUUGUCGCAUGACUUUUGCCAUGAGAACCUGUCUCUUAAGCCACCUCAAGAUCCACUUCAGACGUCAACCCAACCAGCACUUCUGUUGCAGAGAGUCCCACUCAUCCAACACACUCAGGAUGCAAAAGAUCUACAACUGCCCCGUCUGUGACAGCUCCUUUAGGGGAAAGGAGAGCCUGCUGGAUCACUUGUGCUGCCGAAGACCAAUCAGAUUCAGUAAAUGCUGGGAAAUCCUGGGUCAUUUGCUUGGCUAUCUUCGUGAACCCUUGGUAUUGGGAAAUAUUUUUAAAGUAAGGGAAUCCUCGAGGAAGAAGAUGGAAUCCAGGAAGAGAAGCCGGAGACAUGCAUACCGUGAGAAUCUGGAAACAGAAGACCUGUCUGAGAAUGAUGAGGAGGAUCAGUGGGCAAUGGAGAGUGCUAGCAGCUCUGACCUGAGUUGAACCCUGACCUCAUGAGUUUGAACCCUGAGACCCCUUUAACAGGAGGAAAGAACUGAUUUCUGACUUCACACGUGCCCGUGCACGACCCCCCUCUCCCCACUCCACAAAAUAAAUACA